GAUCGGAACCCUCGCGAUCACAACUAGCUGGGAAGGGGUGGCGGCGUCCAAAGUCCUCCGAAAUUCCCAUGUCUCUCCUCCUUCCGCUCCGCUCGCUCCUACCCGAAACCAUUAAGGAAGGAGAUGGUUGAGGAGUACUUGAAAGAGAUCAUCAACCACAGCGCAAAAAAGCUAUAGAGUGGAGAGAAGAUCAUGGCGCGCUUUGAUUUUGCUUCUCACAUGUAUAUAAGCUUACCUGCGGUUAUAAUAGUUAUUGGUAUUGUCAUUAUUUCUACAUCGGUUCUCAUAACUCAACAUACCGAAGUUCUCUCAGAGCGUGAUUUUAGCAUUACUCAGCUAAUGUUAACAGACCAUCUUAAAGAGCGAGCUGUUCACUUUUUUCAAGUAAAUCUCUCAAUUCACAAGGUUGCCAGAGUUAUUGGCUCCGUUCUUGAUAAGACUUCACUUUCAUCUACUACUAUUGACAAAAAUGUUGCCUCAUCUUUGUUCAUGGCAUUGAGAAUAACUCAAAUGGCAUCACAAAUUUCUUUUGUUAGAGCAUAGAUGGUACACUCAAAAGGUUGAUAAUCACACAGGAGAACGAUAUGGUGCUGUACGUUUAGUUCCACCUA